UUGAUCCCUCCCUGUAUGAAUACUCGCCUCCUCCUCCCCUCAUCCACAUGACCGCAAGAAAAAGUUGCCCAAUCUUAAAGUUGGCGACAAGUCGUUUCUUGAGUCUAGAGUCCGUCUUUAGCAACAACACAACACAACCGCUACCUUUCUCACUUCUCCUUUUGCACUAGUACAUAGACGAGCGGCAGAAGGUGUUGUACCUGCUCACCUUCUGAAGGAGUUUGAAGAUCCAGGAGACAGCAUGGAGGUUCUGGUGCUGAUAGACUUCGAGGGCACGCUGGGCGAUGAGAUGACAGUGCGGACAGGAGACCUGGUGAAGAAGGUGACGAAGGCCUCGGAGGAGGGCUGGCUGGAGGGGGAGAUUCAUGGCCGCAGGGGCAUCUUCCCCGCUAACUUCGCCAAGGAAGUCCCCGUCUACCUGAUCGGAGACCACAAACGGGAGCCAACUCUGAGGAAAUCCAAGAUGAUGAAGCAGCAGAGGAAGUGUGAGGUGUCGUUCUCCUACACGCCGCUGAACGAGGACGAGCUGCAGCUGAACGUCGGGGAGACGGUCGUCAUCCUCAGAGAGAUAGAGGACGGUUGGUGGCUGGGAAUGAAAGAUGGAAAAGUCGGAGCAUUUCCGUCCAACUUCGCCAAAGAGAUCUUCGCUGGUCCUAAAGAGGCCAAGAACAACGAGGGCAAGACGAGACCCAAGCUCACCGACGCAGUGUUCACUAAAGAGAGCAAACUGCCGCAGAAAGCGAGUGUGAGGAGAAAACCAAAGGCUGACGCAGAAAGGGCUCUCGUCAUGUUUGACUACGCCCCCAAGACCGAAGACGAACUGGAGCUCAAGAAAGGAAACAUCGUCUCCAUCGUAAACAAGGAAACGGAGGAUGAAGGCUGGUGGGAGGGAAAGCUGGACGGACGCCAGGGAUUCUUCCCUGACAACUUUGUCAUGGCGAUACCACCGCAAGACGCACAAUCGGACGCCGUGAGCGACCCACCCGCGCGUAAAGAAGCCACCACGCCGCCAGCUUGUCCAACGCCAGCGAUGGACAGAGCUGUUCCUACCAAGACCAAAGAUGAGAAGCCGGACCUCCGCAGUAACCCCCCCGUCAAGCUGAAGCUGCCGUCUCUUGUCAGGCCCAGCCCUCCCCCUGUGAAGGACAAACCUGGCAAGGCGUCACAGAGUAAGAGCAACGGUGAUCUGCAAACUGCAGACCAGUUUGAUGGCGUCGAGGCAGCCCCCGAGAAGCUAAGCCACCCCACGGCGGGUCGGGCCAAACCCCCUGGCCGCAGACCCCCCUCCGGUCUGCUCUCACCCGGACAGGAUACUUCUGAAGAACCAGAGCUAUUGUCUCCAUCCAGAGUGUCGCCUCUGAGAAAGUCGCAAAGCAUGUCAAAGGCGUCAGACAGUAAAGCAUCGGCACCCAGGCCAGAUCCCGAGGCGAGGACCCCGCCCGGAGAGCCCUCUCUGGAGGGUCUGCAGGCCGACGUCAGGGAGCUCAGGAUGGCACUGGAGCUUCUCAAGACUCAGCAAGAACAAGACAUGAAGGAAGUGAAAGAGGAACUGAAUCAGGAGAGACAGAAACGGACGAUGCUUCAGGAGGAAGUACACAGUCUGCGGAUGAAACAUUGAUAGUGUCUGGAUUAUUCUUGGCCUCCCUGCGGUAGAUAAGACCAAAGAACUUUUCUUCGUCUGUCGGGAAGUACAAAAAGAUCAGAAAGACAAGUGACCUCACUGCUGUGAGCAGACAAGAGAGCUAGCUAAGAUCAAAAAGCUAGCUUCUCUCUGGACCAGCAUUGUAUUAAAAGGUUAAAUACUAUACCUUUGUCAUUGUACUUGGGGAGCUGUAUUUCUGAUUUCUGGAAGCCUAAUAUGUAUAUUUUUUGAUGUUUCUUUUUUUUAAGAAAUUUUGAUUUGUUCAUUAUUUUGUAAAUCUCAACCAGUUGCUGACUAUGGGAUUGGUUGGCAAAAUAAGGAUUUUUUUUUUUGUAUAUUGAAACAAACCUUAAAUGUAUAUAAAUGCAUUUAAUGGACGUUGCUGGUUUUUACUCCUGAGGUAAAAUAAAAAAGAUUCGAAUUGUUAUCAAAAAGAUGAUAUCAAUUCCAAUUUGUUAUAUUGGAAUUUCGAUCUACAAGCUUUGUUUUUCAACUGCAGUAGUACAAUAAACCUGUAGAGGGCAGUGAC